AUGAUUGAGUUUGAUGAAUUAUUUGAGUUACUAAAAGAAGUUGAAAUAAGUUGUGAUAAUUUUAAUGAAGAAAAUAAAGAAAGAGAAAAAAUAAUUUUAUUCCUUAAUGAUUUAAACUCAUACAUUAAUGAUAUAGCAUAUUCUUUGAAAGUCAAAACAAAUAAAACAUAUAAAAUAUCAGAGAUAGAUAUAUUAAAAAAAAUUAUUUCAAAAAAAGAGAGACUUGAAAAUGUGAUAAAAAAUAGUAAUAAGGAAAGGAAACACAUUUUAUUUAAAAAAAUUAAUAAUAUUGAUUGGGAAGAUAAACAUGAUGAUACCUCUUUAAGUAGUCCCUUCCUUCUUAAUGAGAAUACCACUUUAGAAAAAAACUUAAACACAAGUAAACCAGAUAUAAAGAUAAACCAAGAUAAAGAAGAGAAAGAAAGCGAAGAAAUUUUAUUUUCAACAAAACGAGAUACACCGAAAAAGGAAAUUUCCAAUGACAAACAAGAUAACAUAUUACCCAAUAAUGAUACAACAAAUAAUAGCAACAAUUUAAAUUUUAAAAAACAUGAAGAGAUAGAAUUAAUUAGUGAUAGUCUUAUAAAAGAAUGGGGAAGCCAAAUUGAUGAAUAUGAUAAUUUAAAAUAUGAAUUUUCAUAUGAAUAUAAAAAAAUGGAAUUUCAAAAAAAGCUAGAUAAAAGAAAAAAUAUAAAUACAGUUGAAGAUGAUAAUAUUGAUGAUGAAUUAUGUUUACUUGCUCAAGAGAUGAAAGAAAAUGUUUUAGCAUAUAGACAAAUUUUAACUGAGGAUAAUAAAACAUUAGAGAUAUCUGCAAAUAAACAAGUAAAUAAUAUAGACUCAAUUCUCGAUGUAAAUAAAAAAACAAAAAAAAUGGGAAGUAAUCAAAGUAUUUCUUUUUUCUUAUCUUUAAUCAUAAUUGUUGUUUCAAUGCUACUUUUUAUGUUUACAUUUUUUGUGAUAAUCCUUCUAUAG